GGGCGGGUCCAGCCGGCUGCAGCGGCUCCCGGUAAGUGUCGGCGGCGGCUCCGCUCCGCUCCGCUCCGGCCCUGCGCGGCCCCGGCCCGGCUGCUGCCCCGGCCGCGCCGUCGGGAGCGCUUCUCCCUUCCCCUCCCUUCCCCGUGGGAAGCAGCCCCCCCGCCCCCGGCGCGGCCCGUUGGUUGUUUUAUUUUUUCUUUUAAAAGCAGCACCGCGUGGGGAAGGUGAAAAGGAGCUGACACAGGAAGCGCCGCGACCGCUUCUCGUGGCGUUGACUCAGGCCGUCUCGCCUCCGUCCGCAGAGCUGGCCGCAGGCUCGGGGGCUGCGGGGUGGGAAGGGGGAGGAGGGCUGCAGGUGUAAUCAAUAAAUGACUCGUGUUUCGUUAACUGUUCAGGGCCUGGAUUCCGCCCCGGAGGCUGAGAUGUAUCCCAGGAUAAAAAAGCUCGUGCUCUACACCUUUUCGAUUGUGCUGCUGGCAUGUUUCUUUUACAUGAAGAAGGAUGUUAACUUGGCAGCAUCGUCGGGAGACCAGAAAGUGGAUGCAUCGAAUCUCAAGCCUAAGCCUUUGGUUCCGGACCGUGUUGAACCCAGCAGGUGUUUGCCAAACCUGACCAUUGCCAAUUCUUCUCUCGCCCUCCCGGAGCUUCACCGCCUCUUCUUAACAUACAAGCACUGCCGGAUCUUCUCCACGCUGCUGAAGCCCUCCAGGUGCAGCAGAGAGACCUUCCUGCUGCUGGCAGUUAAGUCUUCCCCCAUCAACAUAGAGCGGCGGGUGGCGAUCAGGAACACGUGGGGGAAGGAGGUGUCUAUUGGCAGCAAACGCAUCCGGCUGGUGUUCCUUCUGGGGCGCUCGGAGGCCAGAGUCCAAGCGCACCCCCUGCACCAGCUGCUGGCUUACGAGAGCCGAGAGUUUGACGACAUUGUGCAGUGGGAUUUCACUGAUGACUUCUUCAACCUGACCCUCAAGGAGCUGCACUUCCUCCGCUGGUUCAUGGAGGACUGCCCGCAUGCCCGCUUUGUGCUCAAGGGCGAUGACGAUGUCUUCGUCAACACUUACAACAUUGUCGAGUUCCUCCGAGAACUGGACCCGGAACAGGAUCUCUUUGUUGGCGAUGUGAUCGCCAAGGCCCGGCCCAUCAGAAACACCAAGGUCAAAUACUUUAUUCCAGGGUCCAUGUACAGAGACCCCUACUAUCCUCCGUAUGCUGGUGGGGGUGGCUACGUGAUGUCUAGAGAGACCGUGCGCCGCCUGCGCAGCACAGCAGAGGACACGGAGCUCUUCCCAAUAGACGACGUCUUUGUGGGAAUGUGUCUGGCAAAGAUGGCAGUGACCCCGAAGAACCACCCUGGCUUUAAGACUUUUGGGAUCCAGAGACCUUUUAACCCUUUUGAUCCGUGCUUGUACAAAGAACUGAUGAUUGUGCACAAACUAAACCCCACUGAGAUGUGGAUCAUGUGGACUCUGGUCAAGGAUGACAGCCUUCGGUGUGCGGUAUCGGUAGUGCAGCCCUAGAGAAGGGCUUGGAAAGGAGGCCCCCGGCGAGCACCGGGGAGCGUUGACUGGCGACGAAUACAGGGUACUUAAACUAAAAAUCAGGUUGUGGUAGAAACAUGUCCUCUGCUAACAGAUUGUACUUGAGCCACAGGGUGUUGUUUUGCAAUAAGUCCUUUUCUGUUGGUGGGUUACUGAAGUGGUUAAUUGUCAUGGGAAGGGGAUGGGACGGGACUGGCAGCUCGUGGAUGUGGUUAGACGCAGUACCGAGACCUCUUUGCUCAGUUCCUCCCAGGCGGCUGGAGCCAGGGAAAGUCACAGCUGCCUGGUAGCUAGUCACAGGUGAAGGGAGCGAGGUGCCACCCCCGGGGGAGGUCCUGCGGCACUGAGGCUGCUGCUGGCCUGCCAGGCUCCUGGAGGAAAGCUGGUGAGGAUCAAUGAGUGACAGAGCACUUGAAAUCACCUCUAACCUCUUGAAAUCAAGGCAACAGUGGAAGAAAGACCGGUGCAUGCUGCUGGCUCCACUGCGCUGCAAUCCCACCGUCCCUGGCUAGAAAUCCUGCAGGUCCUACUGGGCGGCAGGAGAAAGGGAAGGGCGUGGGGGAAAAAUGCCUCCGAAAUUUAGUGCCUUAACACAGCAGGGUAGUCCAAGGGCUUGGAUUCCUAUGUGAGCCCUUUGGAUUUUACAGAAGUCUCUUACACGUAUACUUCCACUCGAAACUUCUGCACGACACACUUUCUGGUUGAGUUUGAGAGGGGAAGUUUGUCUCGAAUAAUCAGUGUUAAUUGUAACCAUCGUGGCUGUAGCUUUUGCUGUUGUGUGGGCAGUGUUGGGUGUUUGUUCUUUCUCUCUCUCUUUUUUUUUUUUUUUGUGUGUGUUGGGUUUAAAUAAAACAGAGUUUUGAAAGUCUUUA